AUGGAACCACCUCGGAAGCGACGAAGGGUCACAUCUCCAGCGCCCCCAGCCACCUCGCAAGUUACGGGACAACAUGGGGAUACUUCGCCAUCUCCAUUGUCUGUUACAGACCGUCUUUCUGGAAUCAUACAAGACGAUACAGUCGCGUCCUCUAGCCAAUCAUCUUUUACCCAAGAUGUGCAAAAAGGCAUGAUAUGUUUUGGAUUGUUGCGCUUCAGUGUGAUCAACAUAACGCCCCUCAAUAACGAUAGACCUAUUUCAGUACAUCUCAAUGGUGGCCGUGUUUGCAAAUCUUGGGGGCAAUAUCUAGCAAGGAUUGGAAGUCAAGAUUUGGAAUUGGUACAGCUUUUCCUCCGAGAAAAAAUUGAGGUCGAAUUGUGGAUGCCACACAGAACUAAGCAGUCCUUCGUUGCAGCUACGCUCUACGGCGAGGAGAGCCUUGGAGAGCCACUAAAGAAAGUCCUAGAAACGCUCAAUUUAUAUCUUCAGGAUCCGAUUUACUCUAGUCGAGAUGUUUGCUAUUGGAACCCGCAGCGAUUCUUUAACGCGGAUAUCCAGCUAACAUCAAUGUUCUCAUGGGAAUCCAGUGUACCGACUUCCAGACAAGAACAGUCAUCAGCCACGGACUUUCUCGCAACUUUCUCAACGGAAACACUUCUACCAGAAACGGAAGGUUCGCCAUUCCUACAAACGCCCCUACAAAAACAUCAGAAGCAGGCCUUGACAUUUAUGAUACGCCGUGAGCAUGGAUGGAAUCUCCAAGUAGCGGGCACUGAUGUCUGA